AUGAUGGCCAGCCUUUCACGGAGUUAUCCGGCGAUAGAACUUGAUUAUACGCUUGGUGGUGAUUCCGAUGUGACCAGCCUGUCUUCGGGCGACAUCGAUUUGACAAGGCCUGAGAUUCUUCAAAUCGUCCUGGAAGCGGACGAGUUCGUCACCAAAUAUGACUUGGCCGACAUCCGAGAAAUUAUACGGAAGGGGGCGUUACUGUUCUAUCAUCCACAUAAUCUCGCGCAGAUCGAAGAAGAGAUGGGAUAUUUGGAAAACCAAGGAAAUAGUAUUAAGGGACCGGGUAAACCACCGGGGUCGAGUGUUUCUAUAGCUAUAUGCUACGCGGCUAUGUUCCUCUGCGAUUUCCUAGGUUCCUCUGCUCCCAUCGAGGUGUUUUACCCACGACUAGACGAGGGUCAGCCCUAUUUGGGGUCCGAGGGGCUCUGGUUUUGGGAAUACCCGAAAGGGUUCUGGGAAACAGUUCUGCUCUACAGUCUUGCACCACUUGUAUCCGCACUGCUUGGCUUUUGGCUCUCACUAAGCUUGAAUCGAUACUGGGGUCGACGUCGGGCGUUUUCCGUGGCAGCGGCCCUCGCACUAGUGGCUAUUUUUGAUAGGUUUCUUUGCCAUGACUGGGAGUACCUUGCUAUAGCUGACAUUUUCGCUCGUGUUGCAACAACGAUGUUGAACUGUACAUCAUUUUUGUACAUCGCCGAGAUAAGUGAAGCAUCAAGACGGAGCUCCACCGUGGCGAAAUGGUAUUUUGGGUCUUCACUAUUGAGCAUGGUUGCCCAAUUCAUCUAUGACCCGGCGCUUUUGAGCUUCAUCAUUUCAACGUUAGCCGCCUGUGUCGUUCUGGGUCUUUCCAUCCAAAUACCGGAUUCUCCCUACUGGUUGACACUGAAUGGCAAAGUCCAUGAGGCACAUGAGUCGCUCCGGAGCCUUCGAGACACAGAGAUUAUAGCCGCGCGUGACCUCUACCAGAUAUACAUUCUCGACGGCCAGAGCGACUUAAGGAAUGGCAAUCUUACUUGGCCAAAGCCUUUACCCCGGCUCAUCGAAUCUUUUCAGACAUCCAUCUUAGAUCAAUGGUCUUUGGGCAAAUUGAGUUACCAGAUCUGGCUUUCCACUCAAUAA